UUGGCGGCUGAUGAGUUGCAUUUCACCCACCCGAACCAACAACAAACCAAAUACAAGGAGGGAGGUGAAGUGAGACUGCUACUCCGACUGCUCAGCCAACCGUCUCAUUUUCCUCACAUAUAAGAACAUCGCCCACGAGCAACAGUCCUUUCAGUACUCGUCUCAGCUUGCCUCCGACGGAGUACAGCAUUGUUGAGAGAGUCCGUGCUAUUUAACGUGAUAUCACUUCCUUCAUCUGUGCAGUUGCUGUCACCUUUCUUUUGAUAACAUGACCGCAACGUCCCCUGCCAUGCCCCCAUCGGUAAAAAGCAGAGUCACGCAUGAGAACACAAGGACGGCACGAAAAGCAACCAGUGGUCGAAAAGUUAUCAAAGGUCUCAUUGAACGACGAAGGAGAGCUCGGAUUAAUCAGAGUCUCUCGAUUCUGAAGGAUCUAGUAGUGGACAAGGAGUCGCGAGAAGAGAAGGUUCUCAAAUUGGAGAAAGCUGACAUUCUCACGUUGACGAUUUCGUACUUGCAAAAAUUAAAUCAAGAGAAGGAACUUAAUCAUCGUCACCUCUGUUUCAAUGAUGGUUACAAGGAAUGUUUUAGAACAGUUGUGAAAUAUCUGGAAACAUGGAGUUUUCCGAAGAGUACGAUAAAAGAACUUGUACUAAGCAUAAGUCCGUCGUCAUUCGCUAAUAAUUCGCACGGCGACACGUGUGGUUCAAAUUCAGAAACUACACACGUCAGUGAGCCAACUCAUCAUCAGGAUCAAAUCCACUCGCACGGGAUAUUCACUUGUUUAGACGAUUUUUCGAAUGAACAAGGUUCAGGAUUCUUCUCGCCAUCGUUUGAACCAGACCCGCAACCUCUUGACCUUUCUCAAUUUGGUAACCAUUCGAAAUUUGACCGUGACAGUCUUUGGAGGCCUUGGACUUACCAUAUACCUGGUCUAUCGAAAAUAACAGGAAGUGGAGAGACAUGGCCCGUACAAUGUACGAUUUGAAAUUAUUAUUUUUAACUCGUAGUUUUCUAUUGCAAAAAUUAUUGCCAUUAAAAUAAAUAACAAUAUUGUACAUACGUACAGUCAACUUUA